AUGGAUUACCAACAAGAAGAAUUCGAUGAACCUUUUCGGAUUCAUCUGAAUUUGGAUAACUUGUCAGAGGACGAAGCGAUCGCCAGGUUCUCCUUGUUGUACGAUGAGAAGACGAAUAGUAUGAAAAGAAGAGAGAAUUCGGAUUAUUUGAGACCGAUUUGUAUUGAUGGGACGGAUGUUUCGAAUAGAUUGAAUCACGUCAUCCGAAAAAACAUGGAGCUCUUCCCCGUGGAUAAGACUAUUUUCAAUAUGCGAGCCAUCACUACGACACUUUGGUAUUUCAUCUCCAGAGGUCAUUCGGCCAUCGUCUUCCUACCCACUAGUCUUCGUGACUUUGCUCAGAAGUGUUCAGAUCCACAUGAAUUGAGUCUAUUGGCGAAGUUGGAGCUGAUUGUUUUUGAUGAUUCUAACUAUCUCCACCCAUCCUCAUCCGUUCUACUCUCGAAAACAAUUGCAACUUGUGCAGAGAAUAAUGACGGGUGCAUUGUUGGAAGUAGGACGAAAUAUGCAGUAUUGGGACAAAAAUACUCAGAUCUCAUCGAUAGAGUCACUAAUUCUUUGAUCAGUCCUUCGUUCAGUUUGGAUCAUGAACUGAAAAUUGGCGAUUCGGUUCGAUUGGUUUUGUCGCCAGAUGAAGUGUGUCGAAACGAUAACAAUGCCAAUUGUAUGAACUUCCAGUUACUGGCUAGCGAUCAAGUGGUUAUCAUGAGCAAAUUGGCUAGAAUUAUUGGAAAAAAUCCAAUGAUAGAUCUCUGCAAUCGUGCUCGCGAGCUCAAUAUCUCUUCAUAUGCCAAUUCCAAUCUCCGCAACAUUUUCAACAACCAACGACAAUCCAAUUCAUCGAAUCGUCUCUAUCAAAGUGCAUAUCAUUACAAUGAUCCGUUCCUUCCUGAUUACGUUGCUCCUCCUCCUCCAAUAGCUUUGGAAACUGCGGCGAAACCUAUGAAAAUUGGACACAGGCAUUCGAUUUAUCGAGUUGGAGAAAACGCGAACAGGGAAAUGCAAACUGGAAAGGAACGGAAAAUAACCGCGUUCCGAAGUGCUUUGAUAGAUGCUCUUCAGCCAAUGUUCGGGUUGGAAAAAGCUACUUCUCUGGUCAAUGAUAAUCCAGAAACUGAUGAGAUCAACGAUUUGAUCGAGAUUGGAAUAAAUCAGUGA